CCGUUGGCCACUGAGCAACAUGUCGCCAAGCAGUAUGACUGGCUCAUCUCUGACCGCGGACCGUUCCACCACUCUCGCAGUUAUCUGUCCUUUGUGGAUAGAUUCCGCCAAGGAUUCACGACCAGAUAUAAAAUUUAUAGCUGCUGCAUAAUACCAGGAGGAACAAGAGUCGAGAGCAAUACCUGUUAUUACCAGCCUGCAGGGAACGCCACCACUGAAAACUGUUGUAUGAAGUAUAAGCACAAUAAUGCAGUCUUAAAAAAAAGGAGAGUGGACCAGAUGUCGAGUUGUAAUUUAGUGAGACAAAACGAAAUCUAUAAUGCAGAUUAUCAAAACAUCUGUUACGUGACCAAGUGCUUGACUCUCCGACUGGAUCUGCUCCAUGUUGUCAACCAGCUGAGAGACGCAACAAAGAAUGAAGUGUUUGUCCAGCAAUUGUUAAUUACCGUAAAUUCUGGUGUAUAAGCCACACCCACUAAAUUUAGAGAAAAAAACAUAUUUGUUCUUAUAAAAGCCGCGCUUGUGUAUAAGCCGCACGUGUCCACGUCAUAAAGUGGCAUAUAAGGACCAGUCAGGUCUUUGACAGGAGCCAAUCAUGAGUUAUGAAUAAACUUACGGAAAACUUGUCAACACAUUGGAAAUUGCAGGAGGUCAUUACUCAAUAUAACGGUUUCAUCUUACAAACAACAUUAAACGAAAAUUAACAUUAAAUUAAAUGUUAUGCCACAGAAAUAUAGAAACAUGUAUCAAUACGAGUUUAUGGAAAAAAAAAACAUUUUAAAGUGUUCCCAUAAUGCAUUUCUUUUGAGAAAAACAUUUUUAAUUAGAGGAAAGCAAAGAAAGACACUGUGAUGCUGCUUCUGUCCACCAGAGGGAGCCAGAGGACUUGGAGCCCAAAGCAACAAGAGGGAAGCCGAUAUCAUUGCAACGUCCCAAUGAAUGCAUUGCUCAGACACAAUGACUUAUGGGAAAACUUUAAAAUGUUUUUUUUAAUUUUAAAGUCACAUUGGGACAUGUUUGUAUAUUUGUAUAUACACUUUUUCAGUAUUAAGUUGCUGUGUGAUGAAUUUAGUGCUGUUAGUAAUGUGUCCUUUGGAAGAUGACACAGAGUCCGACUGUUAUGUUGUUAUACUGGUAUAUGUACUGACCUCCACUGACUUCCAAUGGGUUGACAAGCGACUUGUUGACAAGCACUAGGCCUGGGACGAUAAUACAUACGUGAAUUAAUCACACAUUAAAAGGAAAUUAACUCCAUAAUUUUGCUGGCCUCAAUAUAUUGCCAUGUGUAUGCGUGUCUCUCUUCCUCGUUUGUCUCAACUCCUAACAGGCAGGAAGGUAGUUCACUCUGUGCACUGGUUUCAGCACCCUUGCGCCUUUGUUCCGGAGAACAAUGGCAUGAACGGAGUGAGCCCUUUUAUCAGUCAUAGUCUCUGUGUCUCGGUGGGUGGAGGCGGGUCCAGUAGCAUGCACACAGAGUGCAGAAGAGUGUAACAUAGUAGAAAUUUAAUUGUAUUUUUCUUAAAAGUAAUGUCAGUCUUGUCUCGUCUCAUUCUCAUCAUACGGGAAAUCGGUACGCAGUUGUGCUGAGCUGAAGGCUCUGUACGGAGUAUGAAUAUCUGGACCGUUACACCCCUAAUAUUUAAUAUAUUACCUAAAUAUCCUACUAAAAUUACUCUUAAAAACAGCAAUAGGCCAAUUUGGCUUACAGACAUAUUGGUCCAAUCGCACCAUCAUUUUAGCUAACUUUAGCUAUGCUGAAGGAAAAUUGCUUUUUAGUUCCGAUAGUGUCUCGGGCCAUGAUUGACCCCGACUAUUUCACAGUUGGGAUUGAUCCAGUUGAUGCCCCUCUGCUGCAGUGUGUAGUUUGUAAGCAAGUACUAGGUAAUGUCAGCAGGAGACCAUUCAAGCAAAUUGAGACCAGACACACAAGUUUGUUGACCAAGCCAUGGGAUAUUUCUGAUGAAGUAGUUGGAGUCGCCGAAGAAACGUAUUGAUAUCAUGAUAUGAUAUUGAUAUCACUUUUGAACAUCGGCAGGGUUCACCAUGAACUUUCAUUUAGCCUCUCAGACUUUGCCUUUCUUCUGCGCCGGGAGAACGCAGCAGCCUGCGGACCCGGUGAGCUGAAUACCCGGCGAGCAAAGCAUCCAAGGCGUAAACGAGGCAAGCGAGCCGGCCUGCAUGCUAGGCUAAAAGCUAGAGCGACGAGGCCACCGCUACCAAGCCUGCUGCUAGCCAACGUCCGCUCUCUUGAAAACAAGAUGGACGAACUACGAGCAAGGAUUACAACUCAACGUGAGAUCAGGGAAUGCUGUGUCCUCACCUUCACAGAAACCUGGCUGACGGAGGAUAUACCGGACUCGGCGAUCCAGUUGGAAUCAUUUGCUGCUUACCGGGGAGAUCGGACUUUAGCGUCUGGUAAACACAGAGGUGGCGGCGUCUGUGUUUACGUAAACAAACGGUGGUGCACAGACGUACAGACGAUGGAAAAGCACUGCUCGCAGGACAUUGAGCUGCUGAUGGUGAAAUGCAGACCUUUUUAUUUGCCUCGUGAGUUUAGCGCUGUGUAUUUAACUGCUGUUUACAUCCCACCACGAGCUAACACUGCUAAUGCACUAGGCCUCCUGCAUGACAUCAUUGAUAAACACGAGACCAAACACCCAGACGCUGUAUUUAUUAUACCUGGCGAUUUCAACCACUGUAACCUCAGGACUGUCCUCCCCAAAUAUUACCAGCAUGUGAGCUUUCCCACAAGGGAAAAUAACAUCCUGGACCAAGUCUACUGCAACAUGAAAGGUGCUUUGAAGGCUGUUCCAAGACCCCACUUUGGAAAGGCUGACCACAUCUCUAUAUUCCUUUAUCCAAAAUACAGACAACUUCUUAAAAAAGCUCCCCCUGUACGUACAGCAGUUAAAGUGUGGAAUGAAGAAACUGAUCAAGUACUUCAGGACUGCUUUGGCUGCACAAACUGGGAUGUGUUUAAAACUGCAGCGGGGAGGGAAGAUUGUACUGUUGAUUUGGAUGAAUAUGCUUCUGCUGUUACUGGCUACAUUAGCACAUGUAUAGAGACUGUUACCACCACCAAGUAUUACAGAAAAUACCCUAACCAAAAACAGUGGAUGAACUGUGAUGUAAGGGCUAAGCUACGUGCUCGUUCGACUGCAUUUGUCAUGGGCACCGCUGAUGACUACAAAAAGGCCAGAUAUGACCUGAGGAGGUCCAUACGGGAGGCCAAAAGACAGUACAGACAGAAGCUGGAGGGCUACUAUUCCACCUCAGACCCUCAGCGCAUGUGGGCGGGGCUCCAGCACAUCACAGACUAUCGACAGCAGAGUAGCGUAGCCACGUCCAGCCAAACCACACUUCCAGAUGAGCUGAACGAGUUCUAUGCCCGCUUUGACACCCAAACUCCUGAUGAGCAGAGAGGGUGGCUGAACCUGGGGAGCACACAGGACUCACCUCUCAUGGUGACAUCAGCUGAUGUGCGCAGGGUUCUAAACAAAACAAACCCACGAAAAGCAGCAGGGCCAGACAACAUCUCAGGACGUGCACUUCGGGUUUGCUCAUCAGAGCUAGCUGAUGUGCUUGCUGACAUAUUUAACCUGUCGCUUGCACAAGCAUCUGUACCGACCUGCUUUAAGUCCACCACCAUAGUGCCCGUACCCAAGAAGAGCAACGUGACCUGCUUGAAUGACUAUCGCCCUAUAGCACUCACUCCUAUUGUUAUGAAGUGCUUUGAAAGACUAGUCAUGACCCACAUCAAAAAGAGCAUCCCGGCGGCAACUGUGGACCCUCUACAGUUUGCAUAUCGCCAGAACCGGUCCACGGAUGAUGCAGUCAACACUGCCAUCCACACAGCCCUUUCUCACCUACAGGGCCAGGACACAUACGUCAGAAUGCUAUUUAUAGACUAUAGCUCUGCUUUUAAUACAGUCAGCCCCCACAAACUCACAAAUAAGCUCCUCACACUUGGCCUGUCUCCCUCCCUCUGUAACUGGGUGUUUAACUUUCUCACAGGCAGGCCCCAGUCAGUCAGAGUCCACAACCGCACAUCCAGCUCAAGAAUUGUGAGCACUGGGACCCCACAGGGGUGUGUGCUGAGUCCACUCCUCUACACGCUCUUCACCUACGAUUGCGUGGCCUCCCAGAACAACACCAGCAUCAUUAAAUUUGCGGAUGACACUACAGUCAUCGGACUGAUCACUGGUGGUGUUGAAACAUCAUACAGAAGAGAGGUGGCGGACCUCAUAGCUUGGUGUCGUGAUAACAAUCUCCUUCUCAAUACAGAUAAGACUAAAGAGAUGAUCAUCGACCCAAGAACAAGGGAAAAGGAGCCACAUAGACCCCUGUUUAUUGAUGAGACUGAGGUGGAGAGGGUGAAAACCUUCAAGUUCCUUGGCACACACAUCAGCGAGGACCUCACCUGGUCUCACAACACCCAACAAAUUAUGAAGAAGUCCCAAAGGAGACUGUACUUCCUGAGAAGACUGAGGAAAUUUGGCAUGUCCACCACAAUCCUGAGUUGCUUCUACAGAUGCACUAUCGAAAGUGUCCUUACCGCCUCCAUCACUGUUUGGUACGGUAACUGUACAACACGUGACAGGAAGGCACUCCAGCGGGUGAUCAAGACCUCACAGAACAUUGUUGGGGCAGCCCUCCCCUCACUGCAAGACAUUUAUAAAUCUAGAGUCCUACGCAGAACACACAACCUCAUCAAGGACAGCACACAUCCACAACACUCAUUAUUCACACUCCUACCGUCAGGCAGACGCUACAGGAGUUUGAAGUCCAGGACCACAAGGCUGGCAAACAGCUUUUACCCACAGGCCAUCAGGCUCCUCAACGAAGCACUCGCACACGCCGCACGCACACACUCAUAGCACUUUAUUUAUUUAUUUAUUUAUUUAUUUAUUUGUAUUAUUUGCUUGUAUUAAUGUCUCUUCUGUUGUUGUUGCUUAAUUUAUUGGUAUAUAUGUUUAUGUGUUUAUGUUUCUUAUGUUCUUAUUCUUUCAUUUGUUUUAUUUCUUUUCUUGGGAGAAUGAACAGAAUAAGAUUUUCAUUGCAUGGUAUAACUGCUGUUUUACUAUGCACAUGACAAUAAAACUCUCUUGUAUCUUGUAUCUUGUAUAUAUUCAGUGUGGUAAUGGUGGCUUUACACAUAGCGAAUCAAGGUAAAACACACAUAAACAGGUAAUGUGACCGUUUAAAGAGAAAUAUAUAUAAUAUCCAAUUCAAUGAGGUCACACUGUAUCGUUCCUCGGUGGGGACACGGUGUGCAGAAUGGAGAUGAACAAGUCAAUACUGUGUGGGAAGUCAAAAUUGCUUCACAAAGUCAUUCAUGGGGGAAAUUUCCAUUAUUGGAUCAAAGUACCCCCCCUUCAACGUAUCCCCCUACUCAGUAUAAGCAGCUUGAAGUCGGUGUCAUGGUGCACCACCAUUUCCCAGCUCAACAAGGCCCUUUAAAGAACAGUGUGGCCGAAUUCCAAUUUGUACCAUUUUUAUUUUGCACAGAAUCUUUCUGAAUUAUCUCGACUCCAGCUUCAAAGCCAGUGUUGCAUUGAUAUGAAUAAUAGACUUGUGCCCUAGCGCGAAGGUAGCUCAGCACAGCUGAUUUUGAUCAUGAUGUUCUCUAUAGACAGCAAGAUAGUUGAGACGGAAUCAACAGUGCGCUUCAGUUUGUAGGCUUCACUACACAUCUUAAAAUAAAGCUCUGCUAACUAUCCAACUUUGACUGUAAUGUUUGCACUCUAGCCCACAUAGCUAUGCUAGUCUUGCUAACCCAUUUUUUUUUAAUUUUCCAAAUAUUUCAACUUUUGUCUUAAAUAAUCUUUGUAAAUUUUCUUCUCGUAAUAUUAUGACUUUAUUCCCAUAUUCAAUUUUUCCCCAACCAAAUUUUCAGAAAAUGAC